AAAUUUCAGAAGGCAGGGUCGGCAGUUGGUUUACUACUCAGAGAAGAAGACCCGUUGUUGUGGAGAGCAAGAAAGGCUCAAGAAAUUCGAGCAACGUUUAACGUACAAACCCCACUUUUUGAGGGUCGUUUUUCUCCAACUUAUUUUUUCCGUUUUCUUUAGCUAACAUGGCUUGUGGAGCAACGUUAAAGCGGUCGAUGGAGUUUGAGGCCCUCCUCAGUCCCCAGUCUCCCAAGCGGAGAAGGUGCAAUCCACUACCGGGGACUCCUGGUGCUCCGUCCCCGCAAAGAUGCAACCUCCGUCCGCCGGUCGACAGCCCAACACAUUCGAUGUCUCCUCCGGCCAUAGGAGGCGAACACAGGCUCACUCCAGAGCAGAUCUUCCAGAACCUCCGUCAGGAGUACAGCCGGAUCCAGAGGCGGCGGCAGCUGGAAGGGGCCUUCAACCAGACUGAGGCCUGCAGCUCCAGUGAUGCCUCCAGCCCCAGUUCCUCCCUCAACGCUCCCAGCUCCCCACCAGGUGCCUCAAGGAAGGACCAGCCCUCGUUUACACUGAAGCAGGUGAGCUACCUGUGUGAGCGGCUGCUUAAAGACCACGAGGAGAAGAUCCGGGAGGAGUACGAACAGAUCCUUAACACAAAACUCGCAGAACAAUAUGAAUCUUUUGUGAAAUUCACACAAGACCAGAUCAUGCGAAGAUACGGGGCCCGACCUGCUAGUUAUGUCUCUUGAACUCCCCAUGAUGAGAUCCCAGCUUCCUCUCACGAGACAGCUGCUCUUCUACUGCCCUCCCUUCCACUUGAUUUUCAUUUUAUUUCCCUAUCCCCCUCCCCCCACCCACCUCCCUCCCCCAUCUCAAACUGUUUGGGUGCCAUGGUUUAUCCUAUUUUUAAUCAAAAUGUUGAUUUCUUACUUUCAAACUAUUGCUGCUGGCCAAAAGUUAGAAGAAUCUGAAAGAUAAACUAUGUAUGAAGCCCACCCUUUUUUUUCCUUUUUUUAACUUUUUUUUUUUUUUUUUUUUUUUUUUUUUUUUUCAUAUGCUCUUUCUGGAAAUCCGGACUAAAGCAAAUCUGUGUCAAAUCUCUUGCCGGCGCUGUAGAAAAAAGCUUAUUGGCUCAUGUGAUCAUUCUGUAUAACCUUCAGCAGCUGUAUUUAAUGGCUCUUGCUUCUCACGUUGUCCCCCUUUUCUUGCGCCCCCCCCCCCUUCAACUGUUUACCUGAGAAAGUGGAUUUUUCUCCCUUUUGAAAAAAAUAAAAGUUCUGUGA